GUUUGCGAUUCUGUGUGUUUUUUUACUGUACAGAUAACAAAGCUGAAAAGAGAUCCAAAAGCUUGAUUGAAUGAGUGAAUCGUGAGUGAGUCAAUGAAAUAGCUGAGGUGAGGAAAAUAUAGAGUGCCUUGCUUAGCACAAUGAAGCUACAAUUUCAGCUCUACCCUGAUGGUUAUAAAAGCCUAGACGCAGUCUUUGUUGCAAACGCAGAUAAACUCAUCAUCACAGCCAUCCACUGCCACACAACCUGACCUACGAAAAAAAUAGAAUUGAGUGUUACCAAUGUGCCAAUAGCUGCAGUAGAUUGAUAUCUAAAAUAUAGUGCAGCUUCAGCAUCAAAAGAAUACUUAAGCUACGACUAUUAAGACGCAUAAUUACUUUUUGAUUGUCUCAAAUGUGCCAAUUAAAGUUUGGAUGCAUGAGAGUACCUUUUGGUAAAUAUCCUCGGGAACGAGAAUAAAAAGGGGAAAUAACCUUUAAAAAACGAGGAGAGGACAACCAAGACUUAGCAUUGACGCUAACACAGACGUUGACGUCGACGCCUACUAAUUAAAACACAUCAUUGAAGCUGCAUAAUGUGGAUUACCAUCACCUAUUUGAUCCUCAUCAUUGCCCAGCUGAGCACGUUGGCCACAUCCGCAGGCGAGGCAGAUUAUACUCUAGACGAUUCUUUUUGGAAUGAAGAAAGUCCCGUUGGUGAAGUGGAACGGUUACUUAAGGAAUACAGACAAAAUCAAGAGUUGGUUCGUCGCAUCGGCGGACAUUAUUACCAAAUAAUAUAUCCUGUUCAGUUGCGCCAUCAUGAGAAGAUGGGAAUAUCAACGCGUGAAGUCAGUCCCUCAAAGCCGGGACAACGUCCUCGCCCGCAUGAAGAUACUGGAUUCAACAGAGGCAGGACAAAGAAACAUUUUCAUCGCACGUCGCUGCUAAUCAAGGCUUUUAAUCAUAAAUUUCGCCUGGACUUGGAGCUUAACUCGCAACUUCUUUCACCCAAUAUUCAGCAAAAGCACUACCAUGUUGGAGGAUAUCUUGUGGACGGAAACCGGCAUGAUAUCGAACACUGUUAUUACCAUGGGACCGUGAAGGACUAUCCAGGUGCUAGCGCUGCCUUCCAUACUUGCAACGGAGUGAGUGGCGUCAUACACAUUGGAAACGAGACAUUCGUCAUUCAUCCGUUUUAUGGUGGCGAUCUAUCUAAACAUCCACAUGUAAUUUUUGAAGCGCGUACGAAAGCAAACAAGGGAUGCGCAAAUUCAGGUAAUUUAGACUCAUGGCGAUUGUCUCGUCGCACCAAGCACGUGUCAGUAGGAGUUGCGGAUGUGGUGGACGAUAUACGUCAGAGCCACGCAAUUCGCAGCAAGCGGGAUGUGCGAGAGGCCACCAAAUACAUUGAAACAGCAAUUAUCGUGGACAAGGCUAUGUUUGAUAAACGGAACGGGAGCACGCGCGCCGAGGUGAUUCACGACGCAAUACAGGUUGCCAAUAUAGCUGAUCUGUACUUCCGUACCCUGAAUACUCGUGUGUCGGUGGUUUAUAUUGAAACAUGGGGAAAAAACCAAGCCAUCAUCGAUGGAAGUAAGGACAUUGGCAAGGCAAUAUCUAACUUUAACGAUUACACGUCAAGAAAUCUGUUUCAAAUUGAGCGAGACACUACUCAGUUGCUUACUGGUGAAACAUUUUCCGGCGGAGAGGCUGGGAUGGCCGUUCCUGAAACUGUCUGUACACCUCGGGCUGUAGGCAUCAGCGUCGAUGUUAACGUCUAUGAGCCACACCUCCUCGCAGGUACCAUGGCUCACAUGAUUGGCCAUAACAUCGGAAUGGGGCACGACGAUGGACGUGAGGAAUGUUUUUGUCGCGACUGGCAUGGUUGCAUAAUGGCACAGUCGAUCGUCGGGCAGGAGAAUGUCCAACCGUAUAAAUUUUCUGAAUGCAGUAAGAAAGACUACAUUGACGCAUUGCGUACGGGACACGGACUGUGUUUGCUCAACAAGCCUAAUGAGAUCGAAUUGCGUCGAAACUGCGGUAAUAAAGUAGUCGAGGAAGAUGAGGAGUGUGAUUGUGGUACCUUUGAAGAAUGUGCCCUGGAUCCCUGCUGCGACGGAAUAACAUGCAAGCUAAAAUCUGAGGCGCAAUGCGCUAGCGGCGCAUGCUGUGACCAAUGCCGCUUACGUCCUAAGGAUUACAUUUGCCGGGACUCAAACAAUGAGUGUGAUCUUCCAGAAUACUGUGAUGGCGAAGUCGGUCAAUGUCCUUCUGACGUCUAUAAGAAAAAUGGGUCUCCAUGUGGCGUCAGCAAGUCAGGCGUUUCUGGCUACUGUUUCCAGGGCUACUGUCCUACACUAAGCCUGCAAUGUGAAGCAAUUUGGGGAUAUGGGGGAUCCGCAGCAGAUCGGCAAUGCUAUGAACAAUUUAAUUCUAAGGGCUCAAUUAAUGGCCAUUGUGGGCGUGAUGUGAAUGAGCAUUAUAUUAAGUGCGAUCCAGAGAAUGUUCAAUGCGGCACGUUACAAUGUAAGGAUGGUGAAAGACAACCUGUUAACGAUGGUAUCGACCAACUCUACUCACGGACCAUUAUAUCUAUCAAGGGACAGGAGUACGAGUGCAAGGCAACCAGCGGACAAGUAGGCUCCAACAACUACCCUGAACAUGGUCUAGUCAAAGAUGGAACACCGUGCGGUGAUAAUUUAAUCUGCCUGAACCAAACUUGUGUCAGUCUCUUUCCUCAUGUGGAUCAAACUAAGUGCCCAACAAAUAAACAGGGUCAAGAGUGCUCAGAACACGGCGUCUGUACUAACACAAAUCGCUGCUUUUGCGACAUGGGUUGGGGUGGCACAGACUGUAGUUCUGUCGUUCUCCUUACCACAGCACUGCCAACUGAAGCAUUGCCAACACCGGAGAAUACAAUAAAAAUGGAAAAGAAAGAAACCCCAUAUGGAACCUCAGACCAAAAUAGGAUCAGCACAUUAACCAUGGUCAUCAUUUUAACAGUUAUCGUCAAAUGUGUCUUCAUUAGUUUUGCAACACUGGCCGUUUGUUACAGACGCAAGACUACUACAAUGAAGUACGAUCCGCCCUACUCGAAGAAACCGAUUACAAAGAGCUAUGGCGGUGCGACGACGGCACCAAACCAUCAUUCCGUUGAGGAGGUUUCCUUGGAUGGCUCCAGCAAGUUAGUCUAUGCCAAUCAGACGGGUUUCAGGGACAAAGUCGUGCAUGGACGUCGCUACACAACUGGUGGCGAGGACGAUCAGUCACAUGCAGAGAAGGGUAUUUUAAAGAAACACGGCUAUGGGCUGGUACACGGCGAGCAACUUAAAGACAAAUGGGGAGACGAUAACCAAUCGGACAACCUUGAGCUGAUUACCCAGGACGGGACACUGGCCUCAACGAGCGGGGGCGUGGCUGCCUCCGAAGUCGAACGUACGCUUAAGUCCCUCAACGGAUACCAUGAGGACAUUUUGGAGGCUCUGCGCAAUGCGGCCACACACCGAGGUACAGGAACCGGUAACACACCCGUUGGCAGUGGGAGUCUCAGCGAGGAAAUGUUACGUAAAACGCUACAAGAAUGUAGUAGCUCACAGUUAGGAUACUCUGCUGAACCAUACAAGCGCACUAGUGGAUCUAAGUCCAGUUCCAGGGAAAAUGUUUGUGAAAAUACCGCUGUACACGCUAUAUUGCUUGACGGAAGCGGAUCUGGCCUUGGUGGCCUAGGUCUGGGAUCAAGCUUAGGUGCUGGGGGUGGAUCAACUGUUAUUGCUGGGGGUAUGGGGCAUGGCAGUUCGCUGCUGCAUCACCAUCGCUCGCAGCACCAAUUGCAUCAACCGCCCCCUUUAGCAUUACAACAACAACAACCGGACGAGGACGACGCUCCCUCAACAGGACCCUUGCGUAUACGUAACUUGGAGGAUCUUAUACGGCAGCUCGAGCACCACUCGUCACGACACAUGAGUCCCAGCGGCUCCGAGGAUAUACGCAUGUCGGAAACAGACGCUGAUCGCCACUAUAGAUUAGAUAGUUCCGCCGCUUGUAGUGAGUCCUCACAAGGCUCCAAUCAGCAACUAGCACAAACUCAGAAAACCGCUACAAUUCAUUCGUCGUACAGCAGUCGCUGUCGUCCCCGUUCCGAUGAGGAGUCGCGAUUUGCUUACGGCAGUCGCUACCGACAGCCGACGCCAGCAGGCCGACAUGCAGCGCAUCAGUCACACUCGCCGCAUACAUUCGGACACCACACGCAUCAUUCUCACGCUCAUGGACAUGCCAACCAUGGUCCCCAUUCCUCACAUCAUUCAUCGCAUACUCAUUUACACCAGGAAGAUGAUGGUAUAUAUGAGACCGCCGACCAACGCAACGUUUCUGACGCUCGUCUUGAUCCUCAUGAGACACCAGACAGCGAAAGUGAUGACUUUAUUCAAGCUCAACAACAGUUAGCCCGGUGGGCGAGUGAAGAUGUGGUAUCCGUCGUGGUAUUGGACCAGCCGCAGUCCGCAACAAUUUCGGAUUCCCUACCAUACAACGGCGUAGGACCAAUGUCAGGGGCUACAACGAGCAACGCUAUCCACCAUCAGCUUCCGCAUCAUCACCACGGCGAUCCUCAAUCCUCCUCAGCGGCAACGGCGGUGGCAGCCAGCAACAACUGUAUACUGGGUUUGCCAGUUGUCCCAAAUGGUACAAGUGUAAGUCAGAGGGACUUCUAUCCCUCACCACCCUCAACGGAGACGGAAAGCAGUGGAAGUGCUAUCCAGCUUCGUACUCGACGCGUAUUACAGUCGGCCGAUACGGUAGCAACAAGUCAACAACAGCUUCAGCUUCACCAACUACCGUUGUAUCAGCAGCACCAUCAUCAGCAACAGCUUCAACAUCAAUCAGGCGAUACCAGCAGCAGCAACAACAGUCAAUCCGGACAAGUCAUCGAGAAUGGUUGCUACCCGGAAUAUAAGCAUUGAUAGUGCAAAUCUUUUUUUAUAUCUUAAUCGACAUACAUUGACAUAAUCAUUCGUACAGGUAUCCAUGGGGGGUAUUAUAUGGGAUAAGAAGAUCUUGACCGGCAUUUUUAAUCGCAUAUAAAUAUGCUUGACUUGAAAUACACAAGUACACAAGCGUAUUCUUAUGUGAAUUAAUAUAUGUAAACAUAAACAUAACUGCAAUGCUAAUAAACAAGUUAACCUAAUGAAAGAAAAACAAACAAGCAUAAAAAUAAAAAACAAAUUAAUAAAGAAUAUUACUAUUUAUGAGCGAAAACUUACUUCACAAAGGAUUACACGCAAACAUGCAUGCAUACAUACCAUUGCAUACUUACAUAACCAUACGUUCAUUUGAACGCCUAGAAUAAUCUUAUUCACCUUCACAAAAAAAAACAGGAUUUUGUAUACCUCAGGCCCAAGUAAUGCCAGCGUCUGAGCAAGAAAAAAUAAUGAACAGGCUGCUGUAAAUAUAAAAAAUGUUUAAAUGUGCUAGAUAGUUAAUUAUACGACUCUGCGAGACGUGUCAAGAAUUUGAAAAAUAGUCUUAGUGACAAAGAAACAAAAAUGCACUCGUGCACCGAGCCCAACAAUCGCUUAAUGGUGCCUCCCUAUUAGGGCCCUCUUACACCGACUGAUAGACAAAUUUUGGGCAAAUACUGUCAGUUCUCGUUUAAAAAUCUCUAAUGAAAAACCAAUAGUAUAAAGAACAACAACAGACAAACAAAAUAAAGAUCUCUAACUAGAAAUUUUAAUUACUUUUAUAUGGUAAGAUUUGUAGAUUUGUAGGUGUAAUGAUUAUUCAAAAUUAAACCAUGACCGUUAAAUAUUAGUUCUAGGGAUAUGGAACAUUAGUAUUACAUAGUGUAACUCAUUUAUAAAAAUAAACGUGAAAUGUACGAUUAAUAAACUUAAA